UAAACAAACAUUUGUGUUGACAGUGUUGUGACUAUCACUAAGAAUAGACAACAAUGAGAAUUACAAUACUUCCACUGUUUUCUUUCUUUGUCUUCUACAACUACAUAUUUCUCAGUUUCCAAAUCUCCGUUGCCUAUACCAAAUGUCUUGAGGAUCAACACUCUUUGUUGCUUCAAUUAAAAAACAAUCUCAUAUACAACCAUGAAAAUUCCACGAAACUGAAGUUGUGGAAUCAAAAUAUUGGUUGCUGCAAUUGGAGUGGUGUAUCUUGUGACAGGGAAGGACAUGUUAUUGGCCUUGACUUGAGUGAAGAAUCAAUCUCUGGAGGAAUUGAUAAUUCAAGUAGUCUUUUCAGUUUUCAGCGUCUCCAGAAACUGAACUUGGCUUAUAACAAUUUCAGUUCUCUCAUUCCAUCAGGACUGGGCAAGUUGGAAAAAUUGACAUAUCUGAAUUUGUCAAAUGCUGGCUUUGCAGGGCAGAUUCCUUUAGAGAUUUCUCAGCUCACAAGGUUGGUUACUCUUGACAUCUCUUUUCCUAAUAGCUAUUUUACAAGACAACGGCUGAAAUUUGAGAAACCAAAUCUACAGAAGUUUGUUCAAAAUCUGACUGGUCUUAGGAAACUGUAUCUAGAUGGUGUAUUAAUACAUGCUCGCGGAAAGGAAUGGAGCAAUGCUUUGUCUCCAUUGCAUGACCUGCAAGAGUUGAGCAUGUCUUACUGUGAUCUAUCAGGACCACUUGAUUCUUCCCUAACAAAACUAGAGAAUCUAUCGGUCAUUAUUCUUGAUGGGAACAAUUUUUCAUCUCCAGUGCCAGAAACAUUUGUCAAUUUUAAAAACUUGACCAUCCUCUGUCUUGCAUCUUGCGAUUUGAGUGGCACAUUUCCACAAAAGAUAUUUCAAAUUGGAAAGCUGUCUGUUAUUGACUUAUUGUUCAACGACAAUCUCCAUGGUUCAUUUCCAGAAUUUCCAUCUAGUGGAACUAUCCGGACUUUAAGGGUUAGUAACACAAACUUUUCUGGAGAAAUUCCAUCCACCAUUGUUAACUUGAGGCAAUUAUAUGAAUUGGAUCUUUCUUAUUGUCAUUUUAAUGGAACACUUCCCAGCUCACUGUCAAACCUUACACAACUUAGAUACAUAGAUUUGUCGUUUAAUAGCUUCACAGGUCCAAUGCCGUCACUUGGCAUGGCCAAAAAUCUUACACACUUAGACCUUUCUCAUAAUCGUUUAAGUGGUGAAAUUCCACCAUCUUCCCAUUUUGAAGGAUUGCACAAUCUAGUCAGCAUUGAUUUGCAAGAUAAUGCUAUCAAUGGGAGCAUUCCUUCAUCCCUUUUUGCACUUACGUUUCUACAGAGGAUUCAGUUUUCAUCCAACCACUUUAGUAAAUUUGAUGAAUUCUCAAGUGUGUCUUCCUCUGUAGUCAACACCCUUGAUUUAAGUAGCAAUAAUCUCUCAGGGCCUAUUCCAAAAUAUAUCUUUCAGCUCGGUUCACUUUCUGUCCUAGAUCUUUCCUCUAAUCGGUUGAACGGGUCGCUGCAGCUAGACGAGAUUUUGGAGCUUAGAAAUUUAACUGCACUAAACCUUUCAUACAACAACAUAUCAAUAAAUGUGAAUGUUGUAAAUGCUGAUCAGACUUCCUUUCUCAAUAUUAACACUCUAAAUUUGGCAUCAUGCAACCUGAAAGCUUUCCCUAGUUUCUUGAGAAACAAAUCCAAAUUAACCAUUCUAGACCUAUCAAAUAAUCAAAUGAAAGGAAAAGUGCCCAACUGGAUCUGGAUGCUAAAUCUUCAAGACCUUAAUGUUUCUCAUAAUAUGCUUACUGAUUUGGAAGGACCAUUGCAAAACCUCACUUCCAACUUGUUAAGUCUUGACCUUCAUAACAACCAACUGCAGGGACCAGUACCUGUUUUUCUUAGACUUGCUUCCUAUUUGGAUUACUCAAUGAACAAGUUUAGCUCUGUUAUCCCACAAGACAUUGGUAACUACUUGAAUUUCACAACUUUUCUCUCACUUUCUAAUAGUACUUUACAUGGCCGUAUCCCUGAAUCCCUCUGCAAUGCUUCAAAUCUUCAAGUGCUUGAUAUUUCCAUUAAUAACAUUUCUGGAACAAUUCCCUUAUGUCUAAUGAAAAUGACUCAAACCCUUGUGGUAUUAAAUCUGAGGAUGAACAAUCUCAUUGGCACCAUCCCUGAUGUGUUUCCAUCUUCUUGUGCUCUAAGGACUCUUGAUCUCCAAAAGAAUAACUUAGAUGGACAGAUUCCAAAAUCUCUUGCUAAUUGCUCAACAUUGGAAGUGCUAGACCUUGCAAACAAUAACAUCAUUGACGCAUUUCCAUGUUUGUUGAAGAAAAUAUCCACACUUCGUGUCCUAGUCUUGCGGAAAAACAAAUUCUAUGGUCCCAUUGAAUGUCCAACUGCCGGUGACACUUGGCCUUUGCUUCAAAUAAUUGAUCUAGCCUUUAACAACUUCAGCGGUAAGCUACCUGAAAAAGGUUUCACAGGGUGGGAAGCAAUGAUGUCUGAGAAAAACCAAAUUGAUUCGAAGGUAAAUCACAUCCGAUUUCAGCUUCUUGAAUUUGGUCAAAUAUAUUAUGCGGAUUCAGUGACAGUUACAGCCAAAGGUCAACAGUUUGAGUUGGUUAAAAUUUUGUUAAUCUUCACUACCAUUGAUUUCUCAUCCAAUAAUUUUGAAGGACCUAUACCAAAGGUGCUGAUGGACUUCAAAGCACUUUAUAUCCUCAACAUUUCAAACAACCAUUUCUCCGGUGAAAUCCCUUCUUCUAUAGGGAACAUGAGACAGUUAGAGUCAUUAGACCUCUCAAAUAACUCUUUGGUUGGUAAAAUUCCUGAGCAGCUAGGGAACUUGUCUUUUCUGUCUUAUUUGAACCUUUCCUUCAAUCAUUUGGUGGGUAAGAUCCCAACAGGUACUCAACUUCAGUCAUUUAAAGCUUCUUCCUUUGAAGGAAAUGAUGGACUAUAUGGACCUCCAUUGAAUGAAAUACCAGAUGAUAAGAGGCAAGAUGAGCUGCAUCCGGAAAUUGGAUGUGGGAGGCUAGCUUGUUCUAUAGACUGGAAUUUCUUAAGUGUAGAACUGGGAUCUGUUUUCGGUCUUGGAAUUGUCAUUUGUCCUCUCAUGUUUUGCAAGAAGUGGAGGAUAUGGUACUGGAAACUAGUGGAUAAAAUUCUUUGCUGGAUCUUUUCAAGGUUGUAUCUUGAAUAUGUAACCCAAAGAGGACAAACAUACACAGUUUUAAGGUGGCAUUUGUGACUAAUGAAUGAGUGUGCUAAUUAGCAAAGUAGUAUUUUCUAUUUUCAAUAAUGUUGUUUAUGAAGUGUGGAACUUGGAUAUGAUCUUGGGUUUGGGAGCAUUUAUCAUUCAGUUACUAAAUAUCUAUGGAACAAUUCCCUCUUGUUUAAUAUCAAUGACUUCUU